AUGGAGUGCGCUGACAAGGGCAGUUUGAAGCAGAUUCACCAGAUUUUACUAACAGCUGAGAGGACAUCAGUCAAAGCAGCGCCUCGAAAAUCGCAGAGCAUCAAGUCCAGCUCCAACUCUUCCACAAGCUCGUCGUCUGACGUUAGAAAUGGCUUCUUUCACCUAGGCUUGACUGAGAAGCCAUCCUUCCACGUCGUGGAUGAUUCCGACGAUGAGGUUUUGAGUAACAACGACACAGACGAUACUUCUGAGUGCUCACACUCGCCAGUCGUCAACCGCGCUUGUGCUUGCGAGGUCGAGGACAACGAUACUGACUUCCUGGAUACUGAGGGCAAAGUCGGGUCUGCCUUCGAGGCUGUUAUGUUUCUUGACAGUAUUGAACGCAUUGCUGCUGCUGUGAGACUAUGUUGGACGAAAGCGGGACACGGCGAGAUGCUAGUACCUGCUGCGGCUGCGUACACCAAUAUGUUGGUAGUGCGAGCAGUCAAUCAUGUCCGCAACUUUCACGAGAAUGAACCAGAUUUGUCGAGUCCUGCUGCAAUCGGCGCACGGAUAGCCAAUGCUUGCAUAGAACACGAUCAGAUCGCGGUGUCCGAGAAUGGAGCGAUAGGAGUUCUUGAAGGCCUUGGACACGCCGAGCAGGUACUCACUGAUCUGAGACUACUGCCCGACUCGGACCCUACUAAAACCACGAAGCGACCGGAUGCAUCUCCGCCACUGUCAGAGUACAGAAGACUUCUUCAUGGUCUUGCGAGUGGCCUCUGCGAUGAAGCUGAGCAGGAACACUGUUCGUCGAUCAUUCACAGUGGUCUGGUACACUUUAAUCCUGUCGUGGCAUCUACGGUAGUGAAUCUUGCAGGCGCAGAGGUUCUUGAGUCCUACGUUGAUCUCUACUUGCUUGCAGCGAGCCAUGCCGCAUAUUCCAGCGCUCUCUCUCAGCCCAGGUUCAUAGCUACGCCGAGAAUCUGUGCACUCAAGUUGGCUCAAGAAGCAAUCACCUCGAUUGAUGGCUUCCUUGACGACAAGACUAUCAUACCAUGUCAGUGUGUCAAGACUAUUGGACAUCGGCUGGCGCAGACGAGAAGUGAUCUACAAGCAUUUGCUAAGUACAAAUGCUGGAGCACCCUCAUGCAAUCUCCACUUGUCGCUGGCAAUCAUGUGCUCGAAAUCCUUGACUCAUGCUCGCACUACGGCAUGUAUCUCUUUCAUUUUCGGCAAUAUACGGCAGGUGUUUUGCACUGCUACCAGGCACUCACGCAACUCCAGCGACUCGAAAAAGUCCCUAUCCUGGAAGAGCUAUGUGAUAGCUUUGUCGAUAUCCUAUAUACGACCGGUACUCGGGCUGAUUCUGGUUUCAUGAUGUGCUGGUUGAGAUACAUCGGCGCGAGGCUGAAAUUUCGCAAGGGCAAAAAGUAUCAAGAUCACAAAGAAACUUGGUGUAUGGCUGUUCCUUCUCAUACAGCAAAAAAGACCGCUGGCCUCAACAUAGGUGGCAAGGACGACGAAGCAAAGGCACAGCCUAAAUUCGACUACGGCACUAUCGAUCGGGUAACGCGCUUCAAGCACGAAGGAUGGGUCUUACACGAAAAGGCGACCGAGAAGCUCGACAAAGAGCUUGUGAAUGACUGCUGCACAACCAAGGAAUCCCCAGCUGGUACUUCUUCGCCUGAUCAACCUUCCUCUCCUCCACAUAAAUCACGACGCUCCAAACACAAACGUAAUAAGAGCUGCCAAAUCAGCAAAAAUGAAUCUGAGACAAGCACAACCUGCCACAAGCUCGAUCAUUUAAUCAAUGCUUCCUUUGUUGUCGAUCGAAGCCAGGAAAGAGAUCUACCUCCAUCCAGAAUCAAUUUGCUCUCACUGUUCCACAGCAUGGCAAAGGUCGUCGCAGGCAUCUCAGACGAGACGCAUGUCGAGGACGAUAGAGACAUCACCAGCUCGGGAUCAGACGGUGGUCGUGGAAAGAUGUGUAUCUGCUUUGUACAAGCCAUCCUUCAAGCUGCCGACAGAAUUCAAGAUGUACGAAAGAAGAAAGGAAUUCAUGCGGCAGGAGCGACUUUGACCAAGAACGAGAAAGAGUGUGUUGAAUGCUACAAAAAGCACCUGAUGAAUAUGCUGGAGCAAGCGAAGGUGCUUGAUGGAAGUGGUGGAUUGUGGCUGUGGAGUAGCAUUUGA